GGAAUAACAGAUAUAAAAGAGGACUUACAAUAGGAAAUUUAUCAUCAAUAUGCAGCACUUGAGCAUUUUGUAUAUUUCAUUCUAACAUCCUUACAUGGAGAAGCUGGUCAAAGAAUAACAAUGUAAAAAAUAAAUAAAUGAUUUUAAAGAAGUUGAUACAGAUUGCCAGUUUUAUUUCAAAGUCCAGAAUACAAUUGUGUUGACUUCAAUAGAAAAGAACUUGAGUGAUAUUAUAUGCCACUUUGGACAUUGUGGAGUAUGGUCAUCACACCAGCAAAAAUAAAAUCUGGCUACAGGACCCAGUGAUCACACCUUAAAAGCUGAGAAAAACAAAGGUCGGUUACAAUGUACUAAUAAGUCUAAUAGUUAUACUAAAAUCUAAAUCAUUCACAAGCCUUAGGAUAGAGAUCUUGAAGAAGUCACUGCUCCUUCCAUAGAACCUUCAACCUCAGACUGUUGGACCGUCCCUGAUCAUUGGUCAUUCAGUUUGGAAAAAAUUAAUCAGCUCUUUCAUACUGAAAGACAACAUUAUUAUUAUUAUGGAUAACAUGCUCGAGGAACUAAAUUGCCCGAUUUGCCUGGAAUUUUUCACAUGUCCUGUCAUACUCCCUUGCUCCCACAUACUGUGUCGAACACCCUGCGCUGAGAGGUUAUUUGAACAGAACUUCAUCAGGUGUCCAGUGUGUAGGGACAACUGUUAUGUGGCUGGAGGGAUAGAUGUGUUACCCAGGGUGAUCUCUCUGGAGAAUAUCAUAGAGAGAUAUCAGGAGGAAGAGGACAUUGAAGAUGAAGACGAUGAUGGAGAAGGCAACACAUCCAUAGGUGGCGUUCCAUGCCAGCUUUGUACCAGUCAGCAUGCAAGACGAGCCAAGAAAUCAUGCAUGGACUGCAAUGCCUCGUAUUGCAGCAAUUGCUUGGAAAUCACUCACCCAAACAGGGAGCCUUUUAAUCAGCAUACCUUAGUGGCUCCCACGCGUAAUCCGCGUCCAAAAGUUGUACAGUGUUCUCAGCACAGAGAAGUGGUCAAUGCGUAUUGUGUGAGCUGUAGGAUGCUGGCAUGCGCCGUGUGCGUGCAUGCUGGAGUUCACCAGGGUCAUCGUUUGUUGCCAGUUGAUGAAGCUUUUCAAGAACUUAGGUCUAGUCUGGAAGUGAGUAUGAAGAGCACUGAGAGUAGCCAGGAAGCUGCAGCCGAGGCAGUGAAAUCGGAGGAAGAUCAACUGAAGGUUUAUCAGGAAAUAGCUGCAAGACGGCGACAAGACAUAGAUGAACAAUGUAACUCUCUCAUCGCUUUCAUCGAAGCCAAAAGACGUUUUUUCCAUUCUGACCUUGACCUAGAAGAGCAAGGCCAGGUGGCUGCAGUCAGGGUAGCAGUGAAUGACCACAAAAAACUGACCGCUGAAUCUCAAAGCCUAGUCCACUAUGCUAAGCUGGUCAUGAAGGAGACAGAUCCAGCGUCGUUCUUGCAGAUAGCUGGUACAAUAAAUGAAAGAUUGAUAAAGAGCUGUGGCAGAGUGGAGGAACUUCACAUGCCCCCAGUGGAGACGGAGAAGAUGCGGACUAAAAUCCUGGACCUCAGAAAACAAAAGGCCAUCAUGAAAGACAUGCAGUAUUUGACAGCUCCCCAGAGCCCAGCUAUAGAUGUGACCAAGUGUUCCAGGUCAUCUAACUGUGUUAUACUGGUCCUGUCUAAGAAUUCUGGCUGCGAGGUGGUGGACGGCUACCAUGUCUUGUAUUGUGCCGAGGGGGAGGAGACAGAAACCCCACAGGUCCACAGGUAUAGAAGAGCACGUGCUUUUGCAAACCAGAGUGUCACCACUUUCUCCACACAAAGUGAAGAACCUCGGUAUGGCACCGUCACCACAACAGGGAACGCAGUGGUGCUGAUGAUAGAAAACCUGGAAAAUGGCACCAAAUACUUCUUCUGUGUGCGUGGGUUUAACGCAGCUGGGGAGAGCGCCAAUUCGGAGGUGGUGAACUGUACAACACUGGAAGAGGAGCAAGAAAAGUUGAUUGUUCCAGAAAUUGUUCCAGACAACUGUCACACAUACAUGUCCUCCAUCCAGAUCUACUGCAGCAGCCAGGUCGCCACCCCGAGUCCCACGGUGAAUUUUUACCUUCUCCACAGGGAGGCCGAAAGCAACACCCUAUGGAGAAGCACUCCGCUCUAUGCUUGCCUGGACCACAGGGUGUUUGGGUUAGAGCAGGAUAAGCCGUAUGAGUUUGUGGUACUGGCGUGUAACUCAAGUGGGGAGGCACAGCUGUCUAAUAAAGUGGUGUUAAGAACACAGGGCUCUUCAUCAUGACUGACUCCUUUCCCUCUGAUAUCAGGGGGCCUCUGAAAUAGUAUACAAAAUUUAAAGGGAUAAUAACUCUUCGUAUGUGAUCUAUA